AACUGCCGGUGGGUCUUCAGUGGCCGCUUUGUCCAAAAACAGCAUUUAUUGAAGAUGAAGCGCAAUUUUUUGCAUGGUUGGAUGGUGAAGGAGGCCAACGUUGUCAUGAAGAAUGCCUUUGUGUUGGGACAAGACACAGUCAAAGCGUGCAGCCGUAGGAAGAAUCCAGACAAGAGUGUCAGGGAUUAUGAAGAACACAUGUUUCCACGAUCCAUGGAGGCGGUGAUCAAGACGGCCAAGAGCAGGGAAGGGGAUUUCAGUGGAGCCGGGGCAAAAGAGUGUAUAUAUAGGUUGGAAGCAUACUGUUUUGGCCAGGGGGGAUAG